CUUUUAUUUAAUAAUAUGACACUACAUCUUUUGUAUAUUCCUGGAACCAGAAAGAAAGAAAAAAAAUGUGUUCUGUGUGCAGCAGCUCUGGGAUCAGCAGCUCUGGGAUCAGCAGCUCUGGGAUCAGCCUGGUUUAUCUGGGCGCUCACGUCCUCACAUCCUCACACAGACCGCAGCACAGCUCACAGCUUCAUCUCCCAGAAGACUCUCCUCAACAACCCGAAGAUGGGGAAGAUUAACGGACUCCUAAAAUGCCUCUUUGUCUUCUUCAACGUGCUGUAUGCAAUCCUCGGAUGUGUGCUGAUCUACUUUGUGGUGAAGAUCAGCAGCUACGGCAGCCAGCUGUCAUUGGUUGGGGGCCCGAGCAUGGGCUGGGGUUGGGUAUUUGCCAUCGGCAUCCUCGCCAUCGCCUGCUUGGGAAUCUACGCAGGAGUCUCGGAGAAUGUAUACGCCCUCAAAACAUUUGCAGGCUUAAUGGUGGUUGGAAUGAUCAUCAUGAUGAUCUUUGGCAUCAUUGUGGUUGUUGCAAGAAAUAAGGUCCAAGAAGAACUUAACAACACCUCUUCUGAGGUGGUCAAGCCCUUAAUGGAAAACAUGCAAAUAAGAAGGGCGCUGGAGGAGAUACAGCAAGCUGUUAAGUGCUGUGGAGUGGUGAGCUAUCAGGACUGGGGUGACAACAUCCCCAGAAGCUGUGAGUGCCAAUCUGGAUCAUCUGAAUGUAGAUCCAGUCCUCAGGGAACCAGUGGCCCAGACAAAAUCUAUAGAAAGACAUGCGGUGAAGUAAUCUUUUCGUGGGCCAACCUCUUCUGCCAGAUCAUGAUGGGCUUCUUCUUUGGAUUGGCUGUCACAGCUCUGCUGGGCCUGCUGAUCUCCAUCCUGAUGGUCCACCAGGUCAGACGUCACGACGGCGGCGCAGGACUAUCCAUCGCCAUGAAGGGCUACUAAAAGCCCUGACCUCUGCACUGUAACAGGAGGACUCUGUGGUCAAUACGCAACCUCUUCUUCUUCACUCUUCUAAUGUAAUGUCUGGCUUCUGACGGGAAGAUUACAUUCGAGAAGGUUUCUUUACUUCAAGCUUUUCUAUAAUAGAGACUGUUACUUGAAUAGCAAACAUUUAUAUUUUUGUGGGUUUUUUGUAUCUCUUUUUGUGUUAUUCAUGGUUUGCAGUAUUAUACUAGUCUUACGUAACAGAGACGUAUCGUAGAAUAGAAGCACUCUGCGCACAACCUUCACCACGUCUGACUGUACAGCUUUAUUAAUCUGGGGGGGUCGUAACAUCCAGUGACUUUUUAAAAAGUUUUUUAAAUCCUCUUAUUUUCUAUCUUAAGCCCCGAGGCACAUCAGGAAAUAGCACGGUGAAGUUCCCUUACGCUUCUAUGCUGAAAGCUUGAGGGUAAUAGCUGUCAGCAAGCGAGCUGGCUCCUUCAGCAGCUCCACAUGGUGCAAACCUUCUGCAAACCAUUCCUCUUUUGGGGAAGAGCUUCCUCCAUGUUGAACUUCCUGGCUUUUGCUUCUCUUUAAAAGGUCAACGCUGUCCAAUUGGUUCCUUCUGGUCAACAGCACUGGUUUAGAGCUUAGCGUCGCCAGAUCUCUACGUAGAGUUGAUCGUAAAUUGAUCAUUUUAGUUUUUUGUUUGUCCAGAGAUUAGUUCAGCCUUUGUUUAGCCUAGCUUAGCACAACGGGGAACUGCUAGCCUAGCUUUAAAAACUCGCCAUAAUUUGCACAUUCACAAGAAUGUUUUAUUUCUGGAGGGAUUAAACAAACAAAAAGUCCCCAACACACCUCCUCGGGUUAAAGAGCUCAGGUCAGAAGUACUCUUACGCUGUCAGCUGUAUGUGUUAUUGUAAAAAAGUACAAUGAACUUGCAUAUUUUCCGUGCAUAUGUGUAUGACUAUGUGAAGCGUUCCGUCAUGUAAAAGCAGAACACUCCGGAGAACCUCUGCCGUGAACGGAAGGCUUGUUUCUACGGGGCUAAACGGCAAACGCUGACAUUUUUACAAUCCCAGAAUAGAACAGGUAACGUUGGGGGAAUCGAACUCCCGGCAACACUUGCAGCACCGGAGCCCUGAAUUAGAGCAUAAGCUGCGUAGAAACAGCCUCUGUGUCACACAAUUGUUCGUGUGGAGGCCAAAAUAAAAUGGGAUUAAAUCUCGUGCAGAGUUUCAUUGAAGGGUUACUUGAUUUUCAGAUCUCCCACAAACCUCGAAGACAUCACCACUAUUUAAAAAGAAAUAGAUGAUUAAAAUGGAAGACAAAUAAUGUGACAGGAUCUGUUUUAUUGUGAAAUCUGCUGUAUCAUUUCAGAAUAAACUCCAGAGAGGGAACCAGUGGGAUUUAUUGUCCCCUGAUUGGCUCUCAGUUAUGACACCA